CUCAAGGGAGACAGUCCGUUCGUCUUAUCCUUUCGACUCCGUUGAAUUUGGAUUGUCCAGAGCCUUAGAGACUGGCCUGGGGCUAUAUCUUAAAAAAUGUCAUCUGACGAGAUUGUCUGGCAGGUGAUUAACCAGCAGUUUUGUUCGUACAAACUCAAGACCACAAAAGAGCAAAACUUCUGCCGAAAUGAGUACAACGUUACGGGUCUAUGCAAUCGCCAAUCCUGCCCGCUCGCCAAUUCACGAUAUGCCACCGUCCGUUCAGACCCCGAAACAGGAGCUAUGUACCUGUACAUAAAGACGGUGGAACGCUCACACAUGCCCAGCAAAUGGUGGGAGCGUGUGAAACUUUCAUCGAACUACGCCAAGGCACUCGGGCAACUCGACGAGCGACUGAUCUACUGGCCAAAAUUCCUGAUCCAUAAAUGUAAGCAGCGGCUUACGCGGCUUACGCAGGUUGCAAUCCGGAUGAGAAAGAUCGCUAAGGAGGAGGAGCGGUUGGGGGAGAAGAUCGUGCCUAAGCUUGCACCUAAGAUUCGGCGGAGGGAGGAGACGAGAGAGCGGAAGGCUGAGGCGGCUGCGAAGUUGGAGAGGGCUAUUGAGAGGGAGUUGAUUGAGAGGUUGCGGAGCGGGGCCUAUGGGGAUGCACCGCUUAAUGUGGAUGAGGGGAUUUGGAAGAAGGUUCUUCGCGGCCUUGAGAGGUCCGGGGAGGGAGAGAGGGAUGAGGAUCUCGACGAUGGAGAAGUAUAUGAGGAUGAGGAAGAAGAGGGUGUUGGAGAGGUCGAGUAUGUCAGUGACCUCGAUGAGGAGGAUGAGGAUCUGGAGGAUAUUGAGGAUUGGAUUGGAGAAGGGUCUGCAGAUUCGAGCGAUGACUAUGACGACGACGACGACGAAAGCGAUGAUAACGAUAGCGAUGGAGAGCCCAGCGAUGAUGAAGAGGAGGAGAAGAAGGCUGGUGCGAAGAGGAAGCGUGCCGCACCCCAAGCGAAGCCGAGGAAGAAGGGUCCUCGGAUUGAGAUUGAAUACGAAACCGAGGGAGCCGCAAAGGAGAGCCUCAUGGCCUAGGAAAGAGGGAUACGCUUCUGGUUUGCUGGUAAGAAAAGUGUCUGGUCUUCUAUUUUGCAUGGCGUUUUCGGGAACUGUGUCGGUCCAUUUCCGCCGCGAUCGGGGCAUCGCAUGCGUGUUCUACAGGCCCAGUGUGAUAUUUCUAUGUAUUUCAUCUAUAUCCUGAUAGAGAGCAUAGUUGACUAUUUUGUCGCUUGUACUAAGUACAGGAUUUCUUAUGUCGUUUCUUGGCUUAAUCUUUCCGUUUUGGUGCUCGCCCCCUGCUCGCUGAGCGCAACUGAGCAUGGGAUGAGCAGGGGCGAGUGCUCACCUGAAUGGUGAGUGAUAUGUAGCCUCAAUAAAAUGCAUCCAGCUCAAGGGUCUUGACCACAUAGCAUAAUUUGGAUUUGCG